AUGCGGGCGUCCAUGACAUACGCAUUUGGGAGGCUUAGUGGUCUAGGCAAUCUGACAUGGCACGAGUCGGAUAUUGGAGGUGGGCUGAUGGUUGGAAACCCUUCCAUUUCCAUCGAGGUAUCAUCCUACAUGUGCUCGCUCCGCAGGCGCAAGGUGCAAGCGGGCGAGGUUGCAAACAGUGCCCGGGCUAUUACCUCGGAAAUAUUGCUAAAACUGUAUCAUUACAACCACCUCCCUGAAAAUUGGACCAUUCGUGCCUACCAGCCUGGCGAGCGCGUGCGUGGUGGCUCUGGUAAUGACCUGAGUCGAUGGGGUGGUGGGCGUGUACGGCGGCUUCUGUCAGCUGCCUAUACUGUGGCAUUCAUAUGCAUGCUUCGUUUUGACGAGGUUCUGAAGAUACAGGUACACGAUCUUCGCGUGCACGAUACCCAGAUAGUGCUACACCUUCCCUUCCGCAAAACUCAUCAAAAUGGCGACAUCAAACCGUUUCACCUCUGGCCCUUUUCAUCGUCCGAGGCACACCUCUGCCCAGUGAGAGCACUUGCUGCCUGGCUGAAGGAGUCGAAAGUCACGUCGGGCUACCUCUUUCGAAAGAUUGCUUCAGGUGACCGAAUCUCAGAGGCCAAUAGUCCCAUGUCCUCUGAGCAGUUCCUGGAGCUUUUUCGGAACAACCUCCUCGAUGUUGACAUCGACCCUACUCCAUAUGGCACACAUUCAAUCUGCGAGUGGGGAGGGUGGAGUGUGGAAUUUACGAACAUGACAAUCGUGAAGUAUCUCAUUUCUUCGAAUGAUGAUCCCACUGAGCCAAGGGAGCAAUUCCUGAACCCUAACAGACGGCCGAUGGUGAAGUGCUCUCAGUGCGGGAGAUGCUGUUCCUGUGGCUAA